AUGGAAGAGUUCCUUCGCCUGUGCCAAAAUCAGCUGACGGUGGACGAAUACGAGGCUAAGUUUGCUGAAAUGUCAAAGUACGCCCCAAGGAUGAUUGAAGACCCUGUGGAUAGGGCAAAAAGAUUUCGAGAUGGUUUGAAAUUGGAAAUCAAGAGUGUGUUGGUGCCGCUCAAUUUGAAAGAUUACAAUGAGUUGUAUGAAAGGGCACAAAUGGUGGAACAUUGUUUGUUGAAAGGGCCACCUGCAUCCGGAUCACGAUGUACGCCCUCAAAUCAAUUUGAUAGGCGGCAAGGCAAGAGGUCGAUGCCUAGUGGUAAGCACUACAUCCCACCCAAUCGCCGAAGGGCGAUUAACAAGCCGAUACACAACUCCAUCAAUGAGUGUCGUUUUUGUAAGCAGAGGCAUGGAACGACUCCGUGCCCUUUCGGGAUGGGAGCUUGCUUUGGAUGUGGCCAGCGGGGUCACCAAGUGAAGGACUGCCCGCAAAAGCAGCAGUAUAGGUCGAGGUGGGACCUCGACGAUGUUGGUUUCAUUAUUGGAAGCGACACGUUUGUUGAAAAGUGGGUAUCUAGGAUACCCGGCGACGGUAGUGGCAAUAUAAUUGAGACUUGCAAGGAAGAGAACGGAAGUCAGAGAGCUUUAAGCGUGGAUUUGAAUGGUGAAUGUGCUUGA